GGGCGUGCGGGCGUGCACUAGAAGUGCUGUGUCCGCGCACCCGCAGGAGCGAUGGGCACUUGGUGUGUGGGGUAGUACGGUGGUUCCUUGUGUUUCGGCAGCCGGGGUCCUGGCCUGGCCAUCCGCCCUAGAGGCGGCGACUUGGAAUAAACGAAGCCUCUAGCUAUGGCGCCGUAGCCUCCCAGGGCUCUCUCUUGAGGCCUCCUCCUAGGGCAUGUGGGCCCUAGCGGGCCGGAGCUGGUGGCGGGGACUGGUGCUUAAACCGCGGGCCACCGGGGCCGCGCGACCCGGGCUGUCCAGGGACCCGUCAGUCCCGACCCUUAGGGCUGCUACGAAUUCCUGGACCACAGACAGCCUCUACAGCUCCGCAGAGCUCAAGGUGACGGCCUCUAAGUCUCCGGAAAAACCUGACAUGUCUAAAUUUCUUGUUGAAGAUAUUAGAAAUUUUAGUAUCAUUGCACAUGUGGAUCAUGGCAAAAGUACACUAGCUGACAGGCUUCUAGAACUAACAGGAACAAUUGAUAAAACAAAGAAUAAUAAGCAAGUUCUUGAUAAAUUGCAAGUGGAACGAGAAAGAGGAAUCACUGUUAAAGCACAGACAGCAUCUCUCUUUUACAGUUUUCAAGGAAAGCAGUACCUUUUAAAUCUCAUUGAUACACCAGGCCAUGUUGAUUUUAGUUAUGAAGUAUCCAGGUCACUUUCUGCUUGCCAGGGUGUUUUACUGGUCGUUGAUGCAAAUGAGGGUAUUCAAGCCCAAACUGUAGCAAAUUUCUUUCUUGCCUUUGAAGCACAAUUAACAGUAAUUCCAGUUAUAAACAAGAUAGAUCUGAAGAAUGCUGAUCCUGAUAUGGUUGAAAAACAAAUUGAAAAAGUAUUUGAUAUUCCAAGUGAUGAAUGUAUUAAGAUUUCUGCUAAACUUGGAACAAAUGUUGAAAGUGUUCUUCAAGCAGUUAUUGAAAGAAUACCCCCCCCUAAAGUGCAUCGCAAAAAUCCCCUGCGAGCUUUGGUAUUUGACUCUACCUUCGACCAGUAUAGGGGUGUGAUAGCCAAUGUAGCAUUAUUUGAUGGUGUGGUUUCCAAAGGAGAUAAAAUUGUGUCUGCACAUAAUCAAAAGACAUAUGAAGUUAAUGAAGUCGGAGUUUUGAAUCCUAAUGAGAAGUCAACUCAUAAAUUAUAUGCAGGACAGGUGGGCUAUCUGAUUGCUGGGAUGAAAGAUGUCACUGAAGCGCAAAUAGGAGAUACAUUGUAUUUACAUAAUCAUCCAGUGGAGCCCUUGCCUGGGUUUAAAUCAGCGAAACCAAUGGUAUUUGCAGGAAUGUACCCAGUAGACCAAUCUGAAUAUAAUAACUUGAAGAGUGCUAUAGAAAAAUUGACUUUAAAUGACUCCAGUGUGACAGUGCAUCGGGAUAGCAGCCUUGCUCUGGGUGCUGGCUGGAGGUUGGGAUUUCUUGGACUUUUGCAUAUGGAAGUUUUCAACCAAAGACUAGAGCAAGAAUAUAAUGCUGCUGUUAUUUUGACAACACCUACUGUUCCAUAUAAAGCUGUUCUUUCAUCAGCAAAAUUAAUAAAGGAAUACAGACAAAAAGAAAUCACAAUCAUCAACCCUGCACAAUUUCCUGAUAAGCCAAAAGUAACAGAAUAUUUGGAGCCAAUUGUUUUGGGUACCAUUAUCACACCAGAUGAAUACACUGGAAAAAUAAUGAUGCUUUGUCAGGCUCGAAGAGCAGUUCAGCAAAAUAUGAUGUUUAUUGAUCAAAGUAGAGUUAUGCUUAAAUAUCUUUUCCCUUUGAAUGAAAUUGUGGUAGAUUUUUAUGACUCUUUGAAAUCCCUGUCUUCUGGAUAUGCUAGCUUUGAUUAUGAAGAUGCAGGCUAUCAGACUGCAGAACUUGUAAAAAUGGAUAUUCUACUGAAUGGAAAUAUUGUAGAGGAACUAGUAACUAUCGUACACAAAGACAAAGCACACACUGUUGGCAAAACCAUAUGUGAACGUCUAAAGGAUACUCUUCCCAGGCAGUUGUUUGAGAUAGCAAUUCAAGCUGCUAUUGGAAGUAAAAUUGUUGCAAGAGAAAGUGUGAAACCCUACAGGAAAAAUGUUUUGGCAAAAUGUUAUGGUGGUGAUAUCACCCGAAAGAUGAAACUUUUGAAGAGACAAGCCGAAGGAAAAAAACGGAUGAGGAAAAUUGGCAACAUUGAAGUUCCUAAAGAUGCUUUUAUAAAAGUUUUAAAAACACAAACUAAUAAAUAACUCAUGGAAAACAUAAAGAACUUCAAUAAAUUAUAAACUGUGUAAAGAACUUCAACAAAUUAAAACCUGUGUAUU